AUGUCUUUGUUCUACAAACUUCGCAAAUUACACUUGCUUCAUCCAUUGCUUCACAGUUUUGGAAAGAGACAAAUUCAGACCUUGUCUUGGAAGGUUGGUGACACAGCAACUGUCACGAAAAAGGUCACCUUUGAGGAAGUCCAGCGGUUUGCUGAACUUUCUGGAGACAGAAAUCCUGUACACGUAGAUAAAGAAUUCAUUACUAGGGAUUCUAAAUUUGAAAAUUGCAUAGUUCACGGAGCUUACCUGAACAGCUUGGUAUCUGCAGUUAUUGGGACUCAGCUUCCUGGGCCAGGAACUUUGGUAGUGAAGCAGGAACUUAAUUUUCCAUCCCCUUGUUAUAUUGAUGAGGAGGUGAAUAUAACUGUGAAAUUAGCUGCUGUUAGGAAAAUCCUUACGGUAGAUUUUACUUGUGUCACAAGUUCUGGGAAAGUAGUUCUUUGGGGAAAUUGUCGUCUUGCACGUCAUUCCAGUAAAAAAGUUUAG